ACGAUGCAUUCUGGGAAAGGAGCAGCACCAAAUCCAAGAUGGCGGCCAGCAGGAGGCUGAUGAAGGAGCUUGAAGAAAUCCGCAAAUGUGGAAUGGAAAACUUCCGUAACAUCCAGGUUGAUGAAGCUAAUUUAUUGACUUGGCAAGGGCUUAUUGUUCCUGACAACCCUCCGUAUAAUAAGGGGGCCUUCAGAAUCGAAAUCAACUUUCCAGCAGAGUACCCAUUCAAACCACCGAGGAUUACAUUUAAAACAAAGAUCUAUCACCCGAACAUCGACGAAAAGGGGCAGGUCUGUCUGCCAGUAAUUAGUGCUGAAAACUGGAAGCCAGCAACCAAAACCGACCAAGUAAUCCAGUCCCUCAUAGCACUGGUGAAUGACCCGCAGCCCGAGCACCCGCUUCGGGCUGACCUAGCUGAAGAAUACUCUAAAGACCGUAAAAAAUUCUGUAAGAAUGCUGAAGAGUUUACAAAGAAAUAUGGGGAAAAGCGACCUGUGGACUAAAAUCUGCCACGAUUGGUUCCAGCAAGUGUGAGCAGAGACCCCCGUAGUACAUUCAGACACCGCGCAAAGAAGGACUCUGUGGAAAUUGACGUGCCACUGCCUGGCGUU